AGAUCCUGAUAGUUUAAUUCAGCUAAGUAAUGCCACAUUUUAUUAAGGUGACGGCAUGGAAUUUACACACCUACUCCCCCCCACCCUAACUCUCUCAAAGAGUCAACUACCUCUUGUAGCCCAAAGACCUCCUUGUACUGUACCGUGACCAUCCAUAAAAAUGUUGCGGAAAACCCCGGCCGAAGAUAUGUAGAUUGAUACCUACCUUGAAAAAUACAUUUUUCUUAUGUUAAUUCGAAAAAUUAAAAAAAGUUUACAUAUAAUGUCGUAUGUAUAUGAACAGCCAUUGCAUCAUUGCAGUGUUGCAAUACCUAGCUAGUUAGCGGUUGAAGAUGUUCCUUCUUCAGUCUUCGGUACGGAGGUCCCCUCUGAUGGUUUUAACGAGAUUACCAAACAUCCAUAAAUUGCCAAGGUCUGGAAACUACAGUUGGUGUAAGAGAGUUAUGUCGACCAUAGCACCCAAAGAAAUUAGAAUACCUAUUCCCAGUGGCCAUAUAGCAGGUAAAAUUUGGAAUGAAGGAGGUAUCCCUGUCAUUGGUCUUCAUGGAUGGAUGGAUAAUGCAGGGACAUGGGAUGGUAUUGGUCCCUUCUUGCCAAAAUCUUUGUCACUCAUUGCAAUAGAUUUUCCUGGCCAUGGAUUCACACCUAUGAUGCAGACUGGAGGAUCAACUUUCUUGGAUCUCGUUUUACUCGUUGAAAGAAUAGUGCAGCAUUUUGAAAUAAAAGAGGUGAGACUUCUUGGCCAUAGUAUGGGUGCUGGUGCUGCAUUUCUUUAUGCUGCAACAUUUCCAAAGAAAGUAAAGAAGAUUAUAAUGAUUGAUUUAAUAAAGCCAAUAUCUGUAGAGGCAGGAGAUCAGCCAGAAAAAACUGCACGAAGUAUUUCAGAACUGAUCCUUGCAGAAACUAAAUUAGGCAGUGAACCUCCUCGUUAUGAUCAGUCAACAAUAGUGGACAAAAUGAUUAAAGGUUAUAAUAUGAGUCUUACUGAAGAGUCAGCCAAAAUUCUGUUGAAAAGAGGGUCAAUAGACCAUGGAAAUGGUGAAUACUCUUUUAACUAUGACCCAAGAAUCAAAUUAAGGAAUAUAUUAUCUAUGACAUUUGACCAAUUAAAAGCUUUUGCAAGACAUUUAGAAUGUGAACUUUUGUUAAUUAAGGCAUCUAAAGGACCCUUUUAUGAAGAUAAAGCCAUUUAUGAAGAAAUGAUGACUGUGUAUCGGGAAAGCGCCAAGGUUUUCAAGUAUGUCAUUGUGGAAGGAACCCAUCAUGUUCACUUGAAUGACCCAGGUGGUGUACUACCGAUGAUUAGUGAGUUUUUAAUUGAUGAUAUGGUGGAUCUUUAAGGAUGUAAAGCAAUUGUAAUUUUACUCAUAUGAUACUUUGAGAUUCUUUUUAAAAAUAAGAUGUUGACUUAGUAAUAAUUGAAUUUUUAUUUACUGAUACAGUGGAAUUCUGUAAUUGUAUUUUGACUAAUAAUGAGUUGAGAUUCAUUAUAAAAACCAGAUGUUGUUCACCCUGAUUAGUAUUUUAGGUGAUAAUUUGGACAUUUUAAAGAUUUUUAUUAUAACCCAAUUUUGAUUUGUAAAAAAUUUUUUUGGUUAUUAUUUAUGAUUUUGACUAUGAUGUUUUGUUAAUUUUAGAUGAUGAUAUUUCAGGCAUUUAAGACUGAAGCAGUUUUAUUCUUAAUGUCUUUUGUAACAAGAUUCAUGAUAAGAGGUUAUUAUUUGUAAAUAUUGAAAGU